GAGCAGCCGCAACGUGCUAAGCCCUUUCAGUUCUAAUUGUUGUUUAAGCUUAAAGACACAAACAGUAUGCACAGAGCGCCAUAAAAAAUGAGCAUCUACCAUGACGAAGUCGAAAUCGAGGAUUUCGAGUAUGAUGAGGAGGAGGAAAUGUAUUACUAUCCCUGCCCAUGCGGCGAUCGAUUUCAAAUAUCAAAGGAGGAGCUAAUGGAGGGUGAGGAGGUGGCCACAUGUCCUAGCUGUUCGCUUAUAAUUAAAGUUAUUUAUGAUCCGGACAUGUUCAAAGCGGAGGAGGAUGAGUCAGCGGCGCUAAAUGAAAAAAUGAGCAAUCUUAUAUUGGAAAAAAACUAAAAACUUGCAUGUAGUUUAAUUAAAUAGGUUUUAUUUAUAUAUGUGUAUUUUUAUAUAGGUUUUUUUUCGUUAGAAUUAAAAUAAU